AUGAAUUCCCUUGAAUCUCUUUCUCAGACUUCCUAUCUAAGCUUGGCCAGAAAUUUGGUUGGAUGUAAUGAAUGGGACCAGAUAUCUCGAUUAUAUGACUUGUGUGUACCUAAGGAUACAAAAGCCGGCUUUGAUCUGGAUGGCGAUAGACAAUGCGCUAUUAUUAGCUUGGGCAUAUACUUGGUUGAAUCAGAUCUCACGUUUAUUGACAAAAUAUUGCCCCUUCUAUUGAACGUCCAAAAAAUCCUUUAUAAAUGUUCUAUGCCUCCAACGGAGCCUCAUUCAAGGAAAUGCAAACGACUUCCGGAUUCGGAGAAUUUCGCAUUUUGUUUGUCUUCUAUCCUUACUCAAGUGGCUGUUUCCCAUCCUCCUUCUUUCGAUAAGAUAAUCACAAUCAUUCUUGACUCAGCUCAAUGUCUAAUUUCGUCUUUGGAGGACAGUUAUCAACAACUAAUUGAACCUUUUCAGAGUCUUACAAAUAUGAUUCGUCAAAAAAUGGGUGGUGUUGUCCCAGUUUCUUAUCCUCCGGAAUCUAACCUAAUUACUUCUUCUCAGUGGAGUUGCAUUGCUCGUGUUUGCACAUUCCUAGCGCCCUCACUCCUAGGUCUUUUGCGAGGCCUUGGACGAGCAUUCCACCCUGAUAGCUGUCAUCCAAGUAUUGUCUCUGCUCUAUUCCCACCCCCUCUUACCAUUACUAAGAUCCUCAACACAUUUCCUGACCAACCGGAUUUCGGACAGAUUUACAAAUUUAUGCCCGAAUUUCGGUCGAUUAUUCCUCAAUCUUUGGCCAAUAAACUUGAACGGAGUAAGGGGCACAGUCAUGAGGCUUCUGGACCGUGUGGUCAUUUCACAUGUGAAGCCUGUGGAAAGCCACGAGUAUCUGAAGAUGGUGAAGUCGCAUCAUGCAUUACGGAGGAAUCUUCAAGUCUUUCAGAAAACAGUGGUCAAAACCACCACGUCCGCUCUUUCGUGCCUUGUCCACACAAGAAGCGUCCUCCUUGUCGUAAUGGAAGUGGACAAAGUUGGCUUUCUCGUCAAGGAAGUGAAUAUCUCCUUGGUAACGUCGCCUCGGUUUAUGGAAGUCGUCUUCCCCAUCGAGCUGUUUUAGCCACCGAGGAGGCAUAUGAUUGUGAAGAUUUCGUAAUGGCAACCUUCUCUGCCAACCAUAUAAAAGUUAUCCUCAAGAUGGCGACAGUCUUUCUACAGGAGCGUCUUAAUAAGUGGUUUGACGCCUUAGCAGCCCUCUACUGGCGUCGUCGUCAAAGGGGAAUCGGCUAUCCCUAUCGUUCUUUCAGUUGCUGUUUUCGCCUUUGCUACCUCCUACUCUUCAGGGAUAUUAUACAGAACAAACAUCAGAAAUUCAAUGACAAACUGAUCUCUACGGUGCAAAACAUAAUCGAGGAUAUCUUCUCUACUAACCAAGAUGAGCAAAAUGAAAUUGCCGCCGAUCUGUCCUCUCAUUUGACUCGAAAAGCAUCCACAUUGAAUCGACCUCGCGAUACUAGCCGUGGGGGUUGGGAAGAGAAGACGCGAAAAUUCUCUCUAGGAGGGGCUGAUGAAGUGUUUGAUGAGACCACCUUAGGAACCCUGGACUCUCCUUUUGAACAGAACGAUCAAACCCUCUUACCUGAUGGUUAUUCUAGCCAAAAUAGAGCGAUCGACAAUGAGAAUUCCACAGACGGGGCUCGAAGUAAUACUCUCUCGGUCAACGGCAGUGGUGGUAUUGCCGCUAUCUCGGUCGUCUCCACCAACUCCCAAAUCGAUUACGAUGCUGUGGUAACUCGGCUCUUUGACUUUGAGCUGGUGACUGCUUCCUUGGCUGCCUGUCUGCAGAUCCUUACUCAAAUCACCUCUGAGUACAAGGGUAAAUUGUGUUUAAAAGUUUAA